UUACAAUCGAUAUAGUAGCCAGAUUCAUCGACAUUUUAUUAUCAUUUUCUAAAAUCUUCCCCGGCCAAACCAGAUAAGCUCGUUGCGGAAAUUACUUCCUUACAAAUUUCCUCCAAAUAAUUAGAAAUAUAACUAAGGCGUGACAAACUCGUCACGUAUUGCGUGACUUAGUGGUUGUUCAUUUCUACUCGUCUAUGUGUGAUUUUCGGUCGAGUUUCACCAAGGCACGUCGAAUAUUCAUCGCCUCCAAGGCAGAGAAACGCGAAGAUGUCUAAGUCUUUGAAUUUGGGAUUUGGUUACUUUAUUGACAGUUCCCUGCAAACUGCUACCAAACGCUUUUCACACAAGAAACUUUGGAAUGUUAUACUUCAUGUUGUGACAUCUUGGCCCAAGGCUUGGGCUAUACUAUGUAUUGGACGCAAUAUUCUACCCAUCUCUCUCCAGUUGUUACUUAUUAUUUUGAAAUGUCUCCUGUGUAUUGCACAAGAGCCUCCAAUGGGGUUUGUAUAUUCCAUUCUGUACAAUGUCUUGGCAUACUACGCUGUAUAUAUACACACUGGCGUAACAACUUUCCAGGCUGGCAUUGUCAUCAGUUUAUGCCUGGUGCUUCAAUUCUUGGGACACCUUCUCUUUGAAGGUGAAACUCCCCAGAGACUACCAACUAAAGAAGACAACUUGCUAUUUAAAAUACUGGAUCUGGCAAAUGAGUUCUUUCUGGCACCAUUCCAUUUCAGCUUAACAUUGUUGAUCAGGUUCGACUUUCUACCAAUUUUAAGGUGGCGCUCAGAUGCGGCAUUACACAAACUUAUAACAUCAACACAAGAGAUCAAGUAUGGCAAAAAGUCACCAUGAGAUGCCAAGUUCAACCACACAACUUGUUUCAAGCAAAAUUUAAGAACUUCUGCUGGAACUAUGACACUGUGUCAAAGCUGAAAGCUAAGCACUUUUAGUUAAUUUUUUACUUUCACCCCGGCGACUGAAAAGGAAUUUCUCCAACAUCAAUACAUUUCACAGCAGAGAGGUGUGGAAUGAAAGACAAUAAUCAAAUAAAAAAUUGUUCCUUAGCAAUUUUUCUGAGCUAAAAUUAAUAAAGUUAAAGGUGAAUGGCAA